AUGGCCGACCCGUCCUCAGCCAUCGCCCACCUCCGUACCCACCCAUGGGCCAACUCACUAAUUUCCUCUGCCGAAUACACCCCAAUUCCAACAGACUCGCGCCGUCUCAAGCCCGCCACAGGUGAAGAUGGGUUCUUUGCGCAGACUCUCGGCACAGCAUCCACAAUCCCGCACUGCCUAACUCUCCAACGACAACAGAUCCCAGCCGCGCCCUCCGAAAUCCCGACAUGGCUGCCCGCAACCAAGCAAGAUGCCGCCUCGGCGGCCAAACCCACACCCGGCGCCAAUCCACCCGACAUCGUGAUGAUCUUUGAUCUCGGCAGCCCGGGGCUGUCGGGACAUCCGGCGACGCUGCAUGGCGGGCUCGUCGCCACUUUGAUCGACGAGGCCAUGUCUCUGGCCGUCGCGGCGCAUACAAACGAACCAUCGGCGGGAAGUGUCGCUGACGAUAACCCGCGCGGCCAGACGUUCACGGUGCAGCUCGACGUGCGGUAUCGGAGGCGCGUGACAACCCCGGCGCUGUUGGUGGUCCGGUCGCGGGUGGUGGCCCGUGUUGGGAAGAAAUUCUGGGUGCGCGCGCAGGCUGUUCAGGAAGAUGAAGAUAGCGCCGGAGGACAUCUGGAGUGGACGAAGCGCAAGCUCGUCAAGGCGGAUGCUAUGGCAUUCUGGAUUGUGACGCCGGGGUCUCGUCUAUAA